UCGCCUGUCUUUCAUGUUUGUUCAAUGUUGUUGGCUUUUAAUAUGGCGAUACUUGUCCAACGUGGGUGCUGAAAUGAUUUUUAAUGUUUAAAAACAGUGAUAAAAUGUCAGAACUGACCCAGACUCCGUAUGAGUCCAGUGACGAUGAACUCCCCGAGGAGGUCGCUUUUGAUGAGUCCAAAACUGCUGCGUUGAAGAGUGUAAAAGACGCGCUAGAGUCAGCCAGAAGAGAAAAGAACAUAUUGAAGGAGAAGCGAAGGAAAAGACAGCUGCUUUUUCAAGAGCAAAAGAAGAGAAAGUGUCUUCCUGAAGACCUUUUGGAGGAAUUUGAUGCCUUGCCUCAAAAACGGCCCAAGACAAAGGACAACAAAGAUGAGGAAGAGACAGAGGAGGUUAAAAAGUCCAAGACGGUCCCCAAAAGUUUGCAGGACAGCUACAGUGUAGUGAGGCUGAAGGAUGAGUCAGCUGCCAAAACAAUGCAACAAAGCGCCAUGGAUUUCAUUCAUUCCCGGCUUUACGGACCAGGAACCAAAAGAACCACCAAUGCAGAGCAUCUAUCUCUCCAAAAGAAAAGGGGUCUCAAUCAAGGUGCAGCUGUAGAGUUUGAGAAUAAAAAAUGGGGCGCUUAUCAUAAAGUGAAGGCUGAAAAGUCCAACAAGAGAUUUAUACAAAAACAGAAACUGGUUCCUUCCUGAGUCCUAAAACAUGAGAAAGAACUGGUGGAUUAUGAGUGCAACAUCCUGGAACCGCUUCACCUUCUGGUGUUCUCUGAUUCACUUGAGGAUCAUGUCUGGAGACAGCCUCACAUGUACAGCUGCUGCAUUACCGGGGAUCAUAUAUUUAACAAGGACACCUUUUGUUAUUUCAAACCUUCAUUAAGCCUCAUCUAUAGUUAAUAUUCAGACAUAUGAGUAAUUUGUUUGUUUGUUGUGCAUCAAAUAAGAUUCAAGCGAUGAGUCUUUGCUCAAUAAAAUGACCAAUUUCUUGA